CUAGGGCGAGAUCCCUCAACUGUUUCCAUACAAUCUUAUUCCAGAACAGUGGAGCUUUGGGUUCUCUUGUUUCCAUCGCCAAACACACAACUUUUUCAUGGCCCGCAAAUUCUUUGUUGGAGGCAACUGGAAAUGCAAUGGAACAACUGAGGAAGUUAAGAGGAUUGCGACCACAUUGAAUGAAGCUGAAGUUCCAUCUGAGGAUGUUGUCGAGGUUGUUGUGAGCCCUCCAUUUGUGUUUCUCACUGUUGUGAAAAGCCUGUUACGGUCUGAUUUCCAUGUUGCUGCCCAGAACUGUUGGGUUCGCAAAGGUGGGGCUUUUACCGGUGAAAUUAGUGCUGAGAUGCUUGUUAAUUUGGGGAUUCCAUGGGUUAUUAUUGGUCACUCUGAGAGGAGGGCUCUCUUGAAUGAGUCCAAUGAGUUUGUCGGAGACAAAGUAGCUUAUGCACUUUCUCGAGGCUUGAAAGUGAUUGCUUGCAUUGGAGAGACUCUUGAACAGCGAGAAUCAGGCUCAACCAUGGCCGUUGUUGCUGCACAAACCAAAGCAAUUACCGAGAAAGUAACAAACUGGGAAAAUGUUGUUCUGGCUUAUGAACCUGUUUGGGCCAUUGGUACCGGGAAGGUUGCGACCCCUGCUCAGGCUCAGGAAGUUCAUUGUGAGUUGAGGAAAUGGCUUCAUGACAAUGUCGGUGCUGAAGUAGCUGCAUCUACUAGAAUCAUAUAUGGAGGUUCGGUUAAUGGGGCUAACUGCAAGGAAUUGGCUGCACAACCAGAUGUCGACGGCUUUUUAGUUGGUGGAGCUUCUCUAAAGCCCGAGUUCAUCGAUAUCAUCGAGGCAGCCGCUGUGAAAAAGAACUGAACUUGGCAUCCUACUGGGAACUUAUGACCUUUCUUUAGGAUCGGAUAACCGAGUUGCGAGUGCAAUAAGCCAAAAUUUAACAUUUGUUUUGAAGCAUAGAUCCUCAUUUUGGAUUUUGAACCCUAUAUUUUCAGUUGGCCCUGAUUGUCGUGGGAUGAAGCGACUGCACCAUCUUUGUUUUUGUAAUAACCCAGUGGUCUAAGUGAUUGAAUCGUUUGCUCAAUAAGCUACAAACAACCUUUCAAGAA